AUGGGCGCCGAAGCCAUCAGCAGCAGCAACAGCGCCGCCACGAUGCCGGAGAUGGAGAAGGAUCUCAAGAUCCCUCGCCACAUCGCCGUCAUUAUCGAUGGCAACCGUCGCUACGGCAAGAACAAAUACGGUUCGGGUACUCGUGGCCAUUCGGACGGCACCAAAACUGUCAUGAACUUCACCGACUGGUGCAUUGAUGCUGGUGUUGAAGCUCUCACAGUCUUCGCCUUUUCAACGGAGAACUGGAAGCGUGAGAAGGCUGAGAUCGAUGCCCUGAUGAAGCUUGUCGAUGGCUUCAUCCACGACAUCCUUGGCGAAGCACUCACUCGCAACAUCCGAGUGCGGGUGCUAGUCUCAGACAGCCGCAAGCUGCCAGCUUUUCUAGUCAAAUCCAUCCAGGAGGUUGAGGCCAAGACCCAACAAUGCAACGUCUUUCACCUCAAUCUUUGCGUCAGGCAAGCACCGGUCUACGGGGCCCGUGAUGAGAUCGUCGGAGCCUGUAAGAAAAUCGCUACUGAGGUGGCCCAGGGCGAAACGAGUAUCGACGACAUCGACGAAAACCUACUUGGCCAGCGCAUGCUCACCGCCGGUCUACCGGAUCCGGAUAUCAUGCUCCGUACGUCGGGCGAGUUGCGCAUCAGCAACUUUCUGCUCUUCCAGAUUGCCUACGCUGAGCUCAUUUUCAUGGACAAAUUUUGGCCUGAGGUGACACGCGAGGACCUGCAGGACAUUAUCGUCGAGUUCAACCGCCGCAAGCGCCGCUUUGGCAAAUAAGCACAGCCCGAUAACCUUCAAGGUAUGCAUAUCUAAUCUGGAGUCGCUGGUGCAGCAGAGGCGUCCGCGCAGAAUAAUCUCAAUAAGCAAAACAGGUCUAUACGGUAGUUAGGUACAUUAACCCGUUAAUUAGAUCAGCUCCCUCUAUUUCU